CUUGGCGACUAUUCAAUUCUACUUUUAGACAAUUUGAGGGUUCAUGUUUUCUGGCAAAUGUUCGAGAAAGAUCAAAAGGUUGCAAGGAUCUAGUGACUUUGCAAGAAAUAUUAUUGAAAGAUACAUUAUUACUGGAGCAAAGAUUAGAAGUGUCCACUGCUGAUAAAGGUAUUAAUAUAAUACCAAGCAGACUUGGUUGCAAGAAAGUUCUCCUGAUCCUUGAUGAUGUGGAUGACCUGCGCCAAUUAAAUGCUUUAGCAGGAGAAGGCAAGUGGUUUGGUAAUGGGAGCAGGAUCAUCAUUACCACAAGAGAUAAACAUUUGCUAACUUGUCAGAGGAUAUAUCAAGAUCAUGUGUAUGAUGUUAAAGCACUAGAUGAUAGUCAAGCUCGUGAGCUGCUUGGUAAGCACGCUCCUCAGACGCACCAAAUCAGAAUAGAUCUAGUAAAUGGGGCUCUGAAUUAUGCUAAAGGUCUUCCUUUAGCACUUGAGGUGUUGGGUUCCUUAUUAUGUGGUGAAACAGAAGAUGUAUGGGAAAGUACACUAAUAAAACUUUCCAGGAGUCCUGACAAAACCAUUAAUAAUGUGCUCAAAAUUAGUUAUGAGGGACUAGAUGAAAAUGAGAAAGAAAUCUUUCUCCACAUUGCCUGCUUCUUUAGGGGGUGGACAAGGGAGUAUACAAAGAAAGUUAUUGAAAGUUGUGAUCUUGAGACAACUGUGGGAUUUCAAACUCUUGUUAAGAGGCCCUUGAUAAGAUUUGAGUGGGACAUCCUAGAAAUGCAUGACUUAAUUCAAUUGAUGGGUAAGGAAAUUGUGAACCAAGAAUGUCGCGAUGAUCCCAGAAGACACAGCAGACUAUGGUUGUAUGAUGAUGUUGAUGAGGUUCUGUCCAGUGACAAUGAAGAUUGUGCUGUAAAAGCCAUAGUGUUGAAGCUACCUGAGUGGACAGAGAUGUGUAUCCAUCCUGAUGCUUUUAAAAAAAUGAGAAGGUUGAGAGUGCUCAUCUUGCACAACCUGCAGGUUUCUUUCCAAGGUCCUUUAUGUCUUCCUAAGGGACUUAGAUGGUUUGAAUGGCCUGGAUGUGCUCGUUGGAUUACAGAAUGGUCCUCUGGUUCAAUGAAAUUAGUGGGAAUUGAUAUGAGCAAAGCCAGUAUCACAGUAGUGCCUGAACAAUUUAAGGACUUCCAACAAUUGAAGUACAUUAAUCUCAGUUAUUGCGAGUCCCUAAUUCGUAUCCCUGACCUCUCAUAUACUCGACAUCUCGAGGAAUUGGUUCUCUGUUGUUGUAAAAACAUGGUAGAAGCCCAUGAGUCGAUUGCAUAUCUUGAGAAGUUACGGGAGUUGACUUUAGCUGGGUGCUCUCAACUUGGUGUUUUUCCAAGUGUGCUCAUGACAAAAAGACUCCGGCUUCUUCAGCUUACAGAUUGUAAAAAAUUGGAAAGGUUCCCUGAUAUUCCACAUGAACUUGAAAGCCUGACAGUUCUUUCGUUAAAAGGGACUGCUAUUAAAGAACUUUCAUCAUCAAUAGAAAAUCUUGUUUCUUUUAGGGUAUUGGUCUUAUCUGAUUGCAAGGAUCUGGUAAGUCUUCCGUCUAGUAUAUACAAGUUACAUAACAUUAAAGAGUUGGAACUUUCGGAUUGCACAUCCUUCAUUAGGUUUCCAAAGUACGAUGAUUCUGCUGAUCCAUCUAUGAAGAUCGUACUUCCAAGUUUAAAAUUUUUAGACCUUUCUAGAAGUGGUCUGACUGAAUUGGGGUUUCUCGAGAAUCAUUCCCGUUGUCCCAAAUUGAGUCAUUUAAAUCUGGUGGGGACCAAAAUAACUAGCCUUCCAACAUCCUUUGAGCGCAAACAUUUCGAAGUCUUGAGUCUACCAUACAUUAUUGCAGCCCCAGGUGGCCUUAAAUCUAUAAAUGAGUGGAGAUCUUGCUAUCCAUAUGUUUCUGACGGUAGAGAGUUUGUCAAGGAGAUUUAUAUAUACCCGUUUCGCCCAGCUUACAAUGUUAUUCUUCCUGAAGCAAUGUUUCCAGAGUGGGUCCUCCCUAUUGAAAAUGGUUUUGUAUCUUUUAGGGUUUCUAGGGACAUGUACAACAAGUUUCUUGGAUUCGUUCUCUGUGUUGUUCAUAGUACUGAUGAACAGGAUCAUGGGUCACAAUCAUACCACAUAGAAUCAAAAGUUAAUGGCCAAAUGCUGUAUAAGCGUGAAUGGACUCCCGUUGAAAAUCACACCUUGUUUCUAUUAUUCAUAAGGCCUACGCAGUCGGGAUUUGCCAAUCCUGUUCAAAUUUAUGGGAGUCAUGUACAAUUUAGUGUUAAAGUAUCAGGUGGAGUCCCGAAAAAGUGUGGAUUCCGAAUAAUGUGCGAGCCAUUGGAGGAAGAUUUAAAAGUUAAGCUUCAAGAUCUAAUGGAUCCAGCUUUACUCUUCGAGUAUGGUCAUGAAUCGACAUAUUCGAAACCCAUGGGUCCACUUAUGCAUGGAACGAUCAAAGCAGAUAUACAGAACGACUUGCAAGAUUGUCCAGCAACGCUACUUUCAGCAUCACGACAGCUCGUCUCCCAUCUGACAGCACCGAGCUCUGAUGGAUGUAAGAUCGUCACCUACCAACGACGGAGGCGACGAAGAGAAGAAGUUUGUCUCCCUGAAACAGAGUCCCUAGUGAACUGAUGGCGACGGAGACUGGAGAGCAGAGGCGAUGGACUAGCAUCGCCGACCGAGGCUAUGGAAACUGAUGACUUGAAGGAUGUGUAGCUGAGGUUCUGGGCUUCAUGCAGCUCGCUGAAGAUCAGGAACUUCGAACAAUGUGUUGUUGAAUUUGUUCGAGGGGCGUUGAAUUAGUGUUUCUUCGUAAGUUUUGUCUGUGGAUGCUUAGUAGUGAAUUCAUCACUAAUUGAUGUUAGACGCUGCAAAAUCAGCAACAAAUCCGUAGAAGGACAAAUACAUGCAGAAUAGACUCGUUAGACUUGUAUGUGUUUUCUUGCAGAGUUUGAUACGGAACAAUCACAUUGAUGUCAAGGAGAUCCUGAUUGAAGUCCAAGCCUUCUGCAUAAACUUUUCACGGAUAAGGGAAGCAGCUGGGCUAUUUAGGCUUCUCAAAACGAUGGAAACACAAAAUUCUUAGUUUCUUACGAAAGUUGCUUGUUGUAGAUAAUGAUGGUUUCAUUGCGAGAUUUGUAGGAAUAGUUGCAUCUCUCUCUCUCUCUCUAGUUGUAAUAGCAAAGAGGAACAUUUUGAGGUUCUGUGGCACCAUCUGGUUGGUUCAGCCAAACAAGCCAUUCUUGCACUUUGAUUGAUCACAAACGACGGAGUCGUCAAUGUUAGUAGAAUCACACAAGCUAAUAUUGUUAUUGGCCUUGCUGGUGGCAA